AUGGCGCCCGCCGGAGAACGCCAGAACUCCGAUGAGCUCGUCACGCUUAUUUGCAGCGAAUCUAACGGGUCGGACCCGGUCAAUCCCUCCGAGAUUGUAAUUUCGACGCCUGAGAUCGGCAGUUGGGACUUGCCGUCGAUCAUAUCUCACAAAGCCGUCAAAAUCAAGGCCGAUCCGAACAGGCAAGUCGGAAUUAGCUCAGUCAUUAAUUCAGAAAAUCUAUACCAUCUCAAUAGAAUCUUAGAAAACCCAAUUAGAGGUUUUGUAAAGCUGUUAAUUGAAAAGUCCUCAUAUUUCCGUGGACUCCUUAGUGGGAGCUUUAGUGAAGCUGGACUUAGUUCUUUAUCAAUACAUUGGGAGCUGGGGUCAUUUUUGAGUGUAAUAAGGGCUAUAUUUGGUUGCGAGGUGGAGAUUUCGUCGGAUAACUUUAUUCUUCUGAACGAGUCCGUGUUUAUUGGAAGUGUUUCUUGGGAGAGGAUGCAGGCAGCAUUAUUCUUUGGGGUCGAUAUACUUCUCUCCAAAUGCCAAGUUUGGUUGGAUGAACUGACUUCAUCCGGUGGACAUCAGGAACCUCGAUUAUGUCUGGUCAGCUUGAUUCAAAUAUGGAAGUAUGGUCUAGAGCAUGCAAAUGACUUUGUUCAAAAUUUCUGUACAAGCUAUCUGGCCAGGAACUUUACCUGGGCAAUCUCAUUUAACUGUUACACUGAUAUUCCUGGUAAGCUGCUCUGCUCCUGUAUCCAGCAUUCCGACUUGACUGUGGACAGUGAGAAGCAUCUUUGUGAUGCUGUUUUAGUUUGGAUAAAUGCAAACACUGCAAAUUUAGAGGGCUGGAGUAGCGAUGAUUUAUGUGACAAGAUGCGUAUGUGCCUUCUGCCAUUAUGGUUUGCUGCUGGAAAACGAAGAUCUCGUUUCUUUUCGAAGUUUGCUGCUGAGGCAACUCGUGAUAUUCUUAAUCUCUCUAGACAUCCUUGUACGAGUUUGACAGACAUCUUUGAAGAUGGCAGCUCUAAUCACCUAAAAAUCCGGUUGACAAAAUAUUCACAGAAACUGGAGAUUUCUGGCUGCCCACAGCUGACGACAGGACUCUUUCUUCUUUCUAUGCUUCCUCCAUAUAAUGCAGAUAUGAUAUCAAGAAAGAUCAUGAAGUUUUCUGUUAACCAAGCAAAUUGUAUUGGAGACAGUUUUCAAGUCUCACAGGUCCUUGGGCAGAUGUUGACUUUUGAAGCAGUGCAGGAGUUGGAUAUUUCAAACUGCCCAUCUUUUUCCCUGGAUUCAGCAAUUGACUGUUUCAGCAAGUCGUUUCCAUCAUUAAAAUCACUACGGGCGGCUUAUUAUUUGAAUUUCAAGUCAACGAAGUUAUUUCGAUUGGUGGAGAAGCUCCCUUUGCUAUGCAAUAUUGACCUAACUGUGGAUAUUAACCCUGUUAUACCUGCAAAAGUAUCUGUUACAUCAUCCUCAUCUGCUCUGAUGCCAGAAAGAUCAACAAAAUCAUUGGAUGUAUAUAACUGCUGUUCGAUUGCUUCAUUGUCUUAUAGAUCGAGGCCCUGGGUACCAAGUAUUAUAAAACUCACUUUGGAGGGAAGAACUGACUUAAGUGACACGGAUCUCCUUACAAUCUCCCAAAUCUGCUGUUCUUUGAGUUUUGUUAACAUUAAAGGAUGCACAUCAUUGACGGAUCACGUUCUGGCACUAUGCUCCAGUAAUUCUAGUGGAACACAACAAUAUGAAAAGCAGUCACUGUUAAUGGCUCACAGACUCCAAACUUUGCACAUUGGUGGCUGCAAUGGGGUAACAGGAAAGGUUCUUUCUGCACUCAUGUCUGGAGCAGAUCAUUUGAGGAGUCUUUGCUUGAGAGAAAUCCAAGGUGUUGAUGAUGCUCUUUAUAUUUUUCCGGGGAAUGCCUUGGAGAUGCUUGACGUUUCUGACACCAAGGUCUCUGCUGCUGCUAUAUGUCAUGUUAUUCAUAAAAAUACUGGCCUAAAAUCUCUGAGAGCAAGAGGCUGUAGGCAUUUGGUACAGCAGGAAGGUGAAGAUGAAGAACAGAAAUUGUACUCUGUAUUGGGGAAUUUGUGCAAAUUGGAGGAGAUAGAACUAGGAUGGGGAUUUUCAUUUUUCUCUCUUGAGGCCCUUAAACCAGCAAUUAAAACUCUACGAAGCUUAUGUGUCGGUUUAGGUGGAUCCCUAGCCCCCGAUGGAUUGAAGCAGUUAACUACGAUCUGUCCAAUGCUUGAGACGUUGACUCUUUAUUUUCAGGCAAUCUCUGAUUCCGCCAUAACCGACAUAAUAAAAAAUUUACCAGGCUUGCAAUCCUUGGCUCUCUGCUAUUGCUUUGGUGACAUAUCCUUGUUAAGCUUUAAAUUUGGGAUGCCAAAUUUGAGGAGCUUGAAACUCGAAAGAGUAGCCCCGUGGAUGACUAAUGAAGAUUUGGGUACUCUGGCUGAAAAUUGUGCCAAUUUGGUUGAUCUUUCAUUGAUUGGGUGCACGUUUUUGGAUUCUGUGCCGAUUUUCCUCCAAAAGACUCUUGACAUGAGAUAUAUGGCUUUCGAGCUGAUACGUUGUUUUAAGGACAAUCCAAAAGAUAAUGCAACCUUUUCGCUGCUUUCUGUAUCAUUUGUAGGAGCACAAGAUAUUAUAUCAAGUGGUUGGCCAGGAUUGACAUCUCUUCAUCUUGAGGAAUGUGGGAAAAUAACUUCAGAUGGCAUAAGAUCCCUUUUGGACUGUUCUGCCCUUGAAGAUCUCACAAUACGGCACACGGGCCGUGGGCUUCCACAAAACUUCAUCAUAUAUGCUGCCUCCAAGUUACCUAUGCUGCGGAAAAUCUCACUCGAUGUUUGUGAUGCAAGGGAAGGCGAUUUUGACCUUCCACAUUUUGCCAACAGAUAUUUUGUGAGUAUAGUGAAGAUUGCGAGAUGUAAGCUUCAGAAAAGCUCGGUAGAGGUGCGCAACAUGGAGGCUCGAAAAACCCCGGUGCACAAGGAGACGCUGGUGCUUGCGUGGAACAGUGAAAAACUUGCAAGGACAGUGGUCAAGGAAAGAUUAUAAUUCAAACUGAAUAAUUCUCAAAUUGUAGAUGUAUUUCAAAUUUGGAAUUUAGGUAUAUCUCUAUUAUAGAUCUCAUUAAUAGCUCAAACAAAAGUUUUUUAUUUUCUUCGAAUAAUUAGAACACUAAAUUCCAAUAAUUGGGAAAAACAAAGUAAACAAACACAGUACAAAAAAUACACGAAGUAGAAUAAAUCCCUCUCUCCUCAAACAAUCACCAAUU